UGAAGUUUUUUAAAGAUGUGAGGGUGUUGUAUAUGGUGUGCAAUAGUGUCCAUUUUUGUGAAUUCAAUAUUUAUUGAACACCAACUGUGUACCAGGCACAGUUCUAGCUGCCCAGCAGUGAACAAAGUCUAGUUUAUACAUCUGUGCAUAAAAUCUCUGAAUAUAAGCCCUUUUCCCUUUAGGCUGCUAUUUGCCCAUUCUACCCUAGGGCAACCCACACAGCUGGAUGGCUGAGAAAGGGGGCAGGGAAUUUAGGGGGAAACACUACCAGAAAUCUGAUACCCCUGAGAUUUUACCCCCAUUAAUGUGGUCUGUGUCUUCUCUUCCCUACAGAUCCCUCCCUCCAUGGAGUUCGGCUUGCUCAGCGAGGCAGAGGCCCGGAGCCCUGCCCUGUCGCUGUCAGACGCGGGCACUCCGCAUCCCUCUCUCCCAGAGCACGGCUGCAAGGGCCAGGAGCACAGCGAUUCAGAGAAGGCCUCGGCUUCGCUGCCCGGCGGCUCCCCAGAGGACGGCUCUCUGAAGAAGAAGCAGCGGCGGCAGCGCACGCACUUCACUAGCCAGCAGCUGCAGGAGCUGGAGGCGACCUUCCAGAGAAACCGGUACCCAGACAUGAGCACGCGCGAGGAGAUCGCCGUGUGGACCAACCUCACCGAGGCCCGCGUGCGGGUGUGGUUCAAGAACCGGCGCGCCAAGUGGCGCAAGCGCGAGCGCAGUCAGCAGGCGGAGCUGUGCAAGGGCGGCUUCGCUGCGCCGCUCGGGGGUCUAGUGCCGCCCUACGAGGAGGUGUACCCCGGCUACUCGUACGGCAACUGGCCGCCCAAGGCGCUCGCCCCGCCGCUGGCGGCCAAGACCUUCCCGUUCGCCUUCAACUCGGUCAACGUGGGGCCUCUGGCCUCGCAGCCCGUCUUCUCGCCACCCAGUUCUAUUGCCGCCUCCAUGGUGCCUUCGGCCGCGGCCGCCCCGGGCACCGUGCCAGGGCCUGGGGCCCUGCAGGGCCUGGGGGGGGGCCCCCCCGGGUUAGCUCCGGCCGCCGUGUCCUCGGGGGCAGUAUCCUGCCCUUACGCCUCGGCCGCAGCGGCCGCAGCUGCAGCUGCCUCCUCCCCCUACGUAUAUCGGGACCCGUGUAACUCGAGCCUGGCCAGCCUGAGGCUCAAGGCUAAACAGCACGCCUCUUUCAGCUAUCCCGCUGUGCCCGGGCCUCCCCCGGCCGCCAACCUCAGUCCGUGCCAGUACGCCGUGGAACGGCCUGUGUGAAUGGCCCGGCCUGUGGAUCACCCCCGGGGGUGGGGGCGAUCGUUUACAACCUCCUGGGCAUGGGGUCGUCUUGACUGGCUUGCCCCUACCCCAGAGUCUGAGAGGAGUGCUUGGGCAGCUGGUGGGCGGCCAGCUCAGGACAGGGACUUCACCUUCCUAGCCCUGAAGUGGGACUGAGCCCUACACACAGACCAUGCCCUUGGGACUAAGGCCAGGAACAGGGACCCCAGAGGCCAACUCACCCUUGGUCUAUCCCGCCUUCUCCAGACUCCAUUUCCUCCAUUUUCAAAGAUAAAUAAACGUGCGCGGACUCUCAAAAGUUUGAUGACUGAGAGUUAGGCUGAGUCCUCUCCCAAACGCGAGCUUCAUCUUCCUCCAUUUUCUAAGGGAAGUCUGGGCUGAACAGGAGCGAGGCGAGAGUUCAGGCUCCUAGGGCUUUAGCUCCUUCAACCUCUCCGAAGACAGGAAAGCCUGGCAAUUUCUGGGGAAAAGUGUUUAUGUGUGUUUCCAAGGAGCCCUGGUGGCACAGUGAUUAAGCACUGGGCUGCUAACCGAAAGGUGGGCAGUUGGAACCACCUCAAAAUUAGAGCCUUGGAAACACUAUGGGGCAGUUCUACUCUGUCCUAUACGGUUGCUAUGAAUCCGAAUCGCCUCGACGGCAACGGGUUUCGUUGUGUGUGUUUCCUGGAGAAAAGGUGAGCGUGUGUGUGUGUGUGUGUGUGUGUGUUUCCUGGAGAGAAGGAGGUUGUGUGUGUGUGUGUGUGUGUGU